AGUUAUUAUGUGCAUCCAAUAGAUGUAAUGAAAAUACUGAGUUAAUAGUUUUAAAUAUUGUGAAGACGUUUGUAGGAGAAUAUGAUGUACCAAGUGUCACUGUUGCAUGCAAAAUAAACAAUAUAUAUUACACACACAUUAAUAAAUGUUUUUUCCUAUUAUGGGUAACAUAUUUCAAAAAAAUAUGUGAUAAUUAUUAAACAAUUAUAUUUUUAAGGAACUGUAUGAAUAUCUCAUUAAUAAAAUAAACAUGACAUUAUCAAUUUAUGAAAAAGAACGAAUUAUGGAAACAUCCAAAAAUCGAUUUCGUUAUAUUUUGAAGAUUAAUAUUCAAUUAAAAGAUAUAGUUAUAUUACUCCCAAGUAAAAUAAAUGAUGCUAAUGGAAUCACAAUAAAAAUUGGAUCUCUUACAUCAAAAAACAAUCUUAGAAAGAUCGAAAAAGAUUUAAAAAGUUCAAUUUUUAUUGAAGACACUUCAUUAAAAUGUGUUAAGAUGAAUAUUUUAAGGAUAAAAAAGGAAGGAUUAAAUGAAAAAAUUAUGAGUACAUUAACAUGUCCGAUUAAUUUCACAAUUAGUAUUAAAAAAAAUAUUUCUACUAAAGAUUUGAUUUUCACUGGAUUUCCAAUAAUGAACAUUAUAGUUAAUUUUGGCUAUAUUGAAGUAAUCGAGCUAGGUUCUCUCUAACCUUUGUUAUAAUAUCAAAAAAUUAAAUGUUAUAAAAAUAUGAUAUAGAUAUCAUUAAUUAAAAUGGAUUACAUUGUUUUCAUUGACAUGCUCAAAGAAAUCAUUGAAACUGAAUACACACUUAAAGGAACAAACGUAAAUAACGACAAAUUAUCAUGCUCUAAAUUGGAUAGAAAUUUGGAAUACUUAGAAGAUUAUAAGACGGAUGGUUUUGGUAAUAAAAAUAUUAUA